GGGACUACGGCAUGUAUAGUGCUUGACUUUCACCCAACUUCACUAUUUUAGUUUGUCAUACGAUAAGCCAAUAAAUGAAAGAAACCUAAUAAUCUGUUAUCAGACUUUACUCAGUUGAGUAGUUUCGUAGAAGUAAAUAAACAGCAAAUUUGGAUGAUCAACUUACAGACUGUUUGCAAAUAGUACGGUCAUUAUUGUAGAUAAUUUUCAGAAUGAACAAUAAUAAAAAUGUAUAAUUAUAUUUUCGACAAGGAAUAACUAUUUCAAACUCUUCUACCGAAAGGGAAAAAUUUCUUCCCGUAAGAACAGCUUCAAACAAAAACGCGAAAUAUUUCUGUUUAACUUUAUACGCUUGCAUAAUAUCACACGUAUGCGAAAAACUUCACAAUUACUGAUCAUUUUACUCUUAUCAAUGAAUAUUUACAUCUCUAGUAAAGUUGCUUUAUUGGUGAAAAGUGUUUAUAAAUUACUAGGAAUGAAAUUGAAAUAUUCGAUGGAUUUUGACACUAAAUCCGUAAUUCUAAAUUGAAUAAUUUAUGGAAAGCAACUAAUUUCUUUCGGUCAUUUUAUAACAUGGCCACUAGACAAGGCGGCUCGUCAUUGCGAUUCAUUUUGAUGAAUGUUAAUGGAAUGGAGGGAAUCGGUAGAAAGCCGUGUAGCUGGUUUCUGCUUUUGUCGGCACUUGUCAGCAAUGUUUACUGAAUCUAGAUAAAACUGAUGUCUCAUCCCGAACUUCAACUCACGUCACCGAGUGUUAGAGAUGGAGAGAUACCCACUCAGCUAUUUGGGCCGCAAUUGACCCCUGUAAGAAGUUGUCUAUGGCUUCCUGAUGACUGACUCAAACCAACUAAAAAUAUGUAAUUAUAUUCUACAUUAUUUAAUUUCUAGAAUCCGCUCACGUUUAUUUCUUACGGUGUUGGUUGCAAAUCGGUUUUCAAUUCACUAAAGACCUUCAUUUAUGUUACUAUUUCAGAUUUCACCACAAUCUAGUCAGAAUUGAAUAAGAAAGUUUCUAUUUACGCACUUAAUAACUUUCAGUAUGGUUGAAUGAAUACACGAAGUAAAGAUUAUCAUAAAAGCUAUACAAUUGCUGUCUAUCUCAGAUUUCAUGUACUUCACAAAACUGACACUUGAAUAAAAAAAAGAUGGUACCAACAAUGGUCGUUGCACAAAAUGGUGUUAGCGAUAGCGGAGUUGAUGAGAAUGAAGAUCAUAAUGAAAUCACUGAUAAGAAGAAAGUGAGAACCAGUAAUAAAAACGAUUCUUCGGAUCUUGUAGUUGGAAUAUUGCAAAAUCAGUGUAAGGAUCACAUAUCCGAUGAAAAUAGUUCAAAAAAUGAAAUCAAAGAAAUGAAUGAUGAAGGCAAGCAUUUGAGCUCCUUUUUGACAGAUGAUCAGAAUGAUAGUGAAGAAAAAAUAUUGGAUGAAUUGUUCAACAGGAAACAAUUACUUUUACGUCGUCUUUCUGAGGAAAUACAUAAAUAUGAACAAUUGUGUUGGGAUGAAAUGGCAAUUACCAGAAUAGUUCCAGAUCAGUCGUCUCUCCCUUCAAAACAUUUGAAUGUACGUUGUAACAGUGAAACAAGAAAUCCUUUGAUAACUACUCCUCAAAGAACGUUGGAUCCUAAUAAUAGUUUAGGCAAUAGUACAAAUCGAUCUCGAGGUAUUGCAGCUCGUUUAAAGUUUCGGAAUUCAAGAAGAUCAAAGAGUGCACAUGAACGAAUUCCAGAAUCUCCACACAGGUCAUUACUUCAAAGAAACAAGGUAGAAAUAUCGCCUACUAGAAAUUCCCUUACUGACAACCUACUUGAUGACAAUUUAGAAUCAAAAAAGUCCUGGAAAUGGUGGCGAAUCAAUAAAGAUAGCGGAUUAAUAAGUAAUAUACGUAGAAGACAGUCGAUAGGAAUGAUUGCUGAACAAUAUUUUCGAUAUUUUACAAAUGAUAAAAAUGGUCAUUCACGUGCGGGUAGUUUACCACCAACAGAUAGUAACGCCUGUGAAAACGAGACCAAGAAAUCAAUCCCGACAGAUAUUGCAAAAGCUAACGACAGAAAAUCAUUUCAAUUAGAACAAUUUUUGCAUUUUCUAAAUAUUCAAAAUCAAAAUGGUGUUCAGUCAGAUCACCUAGGAACAUAUCCACCGCCUCAUCACAGUUAUUAUUACCAUCAACAGCAAGAGCAGUUGAAGCAAGUGCACCGACAACCGCAGGUGAAUGAAGUUUCUAUUCAACAACCAGCCUGUAUACUAUCACCAAGUUUCGCAUGCCCAAACCAGUUCCAACAAGUUAAUUGUAAUCAUCAGAGAAUACGUAAUUUCAGUGGAUCUCAAGCGAGUCAACCUUUAAUUUACAGCAGCCAGAGAAAUCAAGCUACAAAUGGGUGUGUGAUGCAAAAACCAUAUGAUAUAGUUCAUUGCAAUCACAGAAGUCUGAAUAAUAGUUUCAAAAGACAGUCAACUCACAUAACUGGAGCGCUUAAUAGUCAUGAUGUCCUUUAUGUAUCUGCAUCUUCAUCGGCACAUACACCCCAAACAAGAUAUUCAACUAACUUACAGCCUAUACCAAACACAUACUUCUAUUCCCUUCAGAAAAAUCAUUCAUCACCUCUGACUGCUGAAACUACAUGCCGUGCGUCUUUCACUGUUUUACCGGUUGCUGCAGGAACUACCAUCCCUUUUCCUAUAUCUACCUCCUUGCAAAAUUAUUCGGCACCACCAGUACCACCAAGAGUAUAUAGUCGUACAUCUAAGAUUUUUAACCAUGCUUCAAAAUCAAUGGAAGAAAGUGUGUUAUCAAAAGUGAUUGACAAAACAAUAUUGAAUCUACAUAGUAAUACAGUGACUGAAAACCACCACACCCUUGAGAUGCAUAGUAAGAAUAACACAGUUACUGUUGCUGCUGCGGCUGUAACUGCCGGGACCACCAACAGUAACACUUAUAUUAGUAAUUUAUGCAAGCCAACAACUCGAAUGGUGGGAACAGCCGUCAAGCUGUUGCCAUACAGUUCGCGAUGGCCUGGUGAAGGCGAAUAUCAUCCUUAUUUGAACUGUAUAAAUGACCAACACAAGUGUACGAAUUCAAAUGUUGUCUACAACGGUCAAUUUAAAGAUAAAAUACCGCCACAUCAAAUGGUAAAUGGCUUUCAUAAGACACUGGAACUGAAGCCAAUCGAACACUUUGGGCUAACUCAUCAAUUGCAACAACAAAGACCUCCAUCAAAAUUCAUCAGUUAUCACUUUACUCCAAAUACAUAUGAGUUCAGCCUAAAUCACUACAACCAAAGGAGUUCAGUUGUAAACAGAAGAGAUAAGUUCAAAUGUAAUGAAAACAGAGGGACUAAUUUUAUUGACAAUUUCAACAGAAAUCCUAGUCAAAAUCCAUUUCAACUGGAAAAACUAGUUAAAGAGGAUUCAGUGAAUACAAUGAAUGUAAAAUUACAACCAUCACAAUCACUCACCAAUAAUUUUUCACAGUGGCCUUGCAAGGAUAAACACAUAAAUCAUGAGCCUUUCCUAGUUUACCAGUUGAAUCAGCCAAGAUUGCGAAACAUUCCUCAAAGAGAAAUAAAAGGAGCCAAAAAUUCUCAACCAGUUUCAUUAUCGAACCAAACGAAUACAGCAUUAUCUGGAUGUCGUAUUGUAAAGAAUCCUUCCAGUGGUUGGGAAAUUAAUUUGGGUUGUGCAUGUAGUAAACCAGUAUCUACAAAUUAUCCGAAGCCUGGAAAUUUCGGUCAAUGUUGGAGACCAAUUAUUGAACCGAAAGAAACACUCAAUCAAAAUCAGUCGCUUCCGUUGAAUAAUCCUCAAGAUAUACAGUAUUCUCAAGCAAUUAUAGGCGGUUAUUAUGCUGUGGAGAAGAAAAUACCCCGUCGUAAAUGUCAAUAUGAGUCAACUACACAAAGCAGAAGCAGAAAAAAUCACAGUAAUAACAGUAGUAAUCAUCAGCGGGAACAUUCUUACUGUCCUAACUAUCGUCAGUAAACUGUCGAUAAAUCCCACUUCCUCCCUCAUGUGUUUAAGUGUAUGGCUGUUUGUACAUAAUUUAGCAUUAAUCUUGUCAAUGAUGAGCUAAGAGAUUCCCUAUUGACAAUAUAGUAAUUACAAUAGAUAACAUUUUGAUCAUUAUUCUUAUAAUAUAUACAUGUCAUUUGUCCAUGUAUGCACUUUCUUUAAUCUGUACAAUAUUCAUACUUCUUGAGUUUUGUUCCUUUCAUAUAGGUGAAUAAUUAAUUUCUCAUGACAGAAAACCUAUCUACCUUCACCUGCAUAUACUAAUUGAGUUGUCUAGCAUUUCUUUUGUCACAAAUCUUCAUUGAAAAAGAGUUUACGAUCUUUACAUAUAUCGUUGUCAGUAAAAGACGACUGAUUCAUUUUUAAUUAUUUAUUUUUAUUUUCUUUCUAUUCUUCCUUUUUGUAAAUGUACCGCUGACUGUUAUCAUUGUCAUCAUGUUUACUUUUCGUUGGAAUAGUUUACAAAAUAAACAAUGAAAAAGUUAUUGAUAAUACACUAAUUUAUUGUCAAAAUGUCUUCAAAUCAACUAAGAAUUUAUCCUUAUGCUGUUGAAAUAAUCACUUUUUUAGUUCACUGUCUAAUGUAUCGCUGAGAAAGACGAAGAUAUUCUCCAGAAAUCCUUGGUAU